AAACCCUCAAACAUCAGCCGAAAAAAAACGGAGUAUUUUAUUUUUCCCAUUUUCUUUUCCUUUUUCUUCACGAAAAAAAAUAUGCACAUACACAUUCCAGAUCCUUCUACCACCUUCUAGUGCGAGUUCUCUUCAACCCCCAACCAUCACCGUAUAUAAUCUCCUCUUUCCUCAAAUUACCUUUCUCCUACCAUUUCAUACAAAUUUCUUACAAUUUCAUACAUCUUCCUUACUUCCUAUACAAAUUUGAAUUACACCCUUCUGGAAACUCCGAUUUUCUUUCUCCAACAAAAAAAUGGCGUCAGAACCAGACGUUUCCGCAGAAGAGAUGCAAUCGUUUUUAGAAAGGCUAAUAAGUUCAAGAAACAGAGACCUCUCUUCGUUCCUCCCAUUUCUUUUAGGGUUCCCAAUUUCUGACCCAACUCAGACUCGGUCUAACUCGGGUGAAAACUCGCCGAAUCAUCCGACCCCAGAAGGCCAACCACGGGAGAGGAUCGUUCUGAUCAACCCUUUGACGCAAGGGAUGGUGGUGAUUGAAGGGGCAGGGCUUGAUUCGCUGUUUCACGGCGUACAGAGUAUUAAAGAUGGGCAGCCACCGGCGUCGAAAUCGGCGAUUGAAGCCAUGCCAUGUGUCGAGAUCAGAGAGGACGAUGAGGAGAGAGAGUGUGUGAUUUGUUUGGAAGUGUGUGGACCCAGUGUCGGGGUUGUGAAGGAGAUGCCAUGUAAGCAUAGAUUUCACGGCGAGUGUAUUGAGAAGUGGUUGGGGAUUCAUGGUUCGUGCCCGGUUUGCCGGUUCAAGAUGCCAGUCGAGGAGGAAGAUGGCGGGAAGAAAGGAGAAGAGGAGGAGAGUGGAGAGAGAAGGACGGAGAUUUGGGUUAGUGUUUCGUUUCGGCGUGGUAGGAGAAGAACAGAGGAAGAGGCGGUUGAGGAGAGAGAAAGUGGCAGUAAUGAUGAGUUGAAUACAGGAGAUUCCGAUUCUGGUAACGAGAAUGAAGGAGAAUCGUAGACAAGACAAGACUUGUCAAAUCGGGUAUUCGGGUUUGAUUGGAGUAUUUCGAGUCGGAAAUUGAAACAAUUUUUUGUCAAAUAGUCGAUCGAAAUUUAGUUAGGUUUCUUUUUCUUUUGUUUACUAUGGAUUUGAUUGUACAUAUAAUAGGAGAUUUUAGAAAUAAAUUUGAUGAGGUUUUAUUUCAA